GCGGUUUGUUGAGGCAGUGGUUGCGCCGGAGCACCCCAGAAUCGGACACCGCGCAGAGGAGAAAGUUACACAACUCAAGAUAUAAGAGUCGAUGUGUAAAUAUCAUCUUUUCCUCAGAGACUGUAAUGGAAGAAUUGUUUUCAUGUUCCCGGUCCACAUUCUCUCUUGUCCGAAAGCCUUAAUUUGUCACUCUCUUCUUCCUCCGUUAACCCCGCCAGUGACCAAGGACACAUGAGUUGGAAAAAUGCAUGGGGCGUAACACGGUCAUCUUGCGGGAAGUGGUGAACAAAAGAGGCGUCUAGCCCUCUGUCGGAGCAUGGCACUCUUAAAGCCGGACAGCAGGAGAAGGGCAUCGGCCAUGUACCCCCGCAGACAGCUGUGUGGCUCACCCAGCUCUGUGACAGGCGAGUCCCCUUUAGUUUGAAGAGCUGGAAGUACGGUAAAAGUGGACAGAGAGAUUACACGCAGCCAUAAAGACACACCACCUCAAGACAUGGGGAUACAACACCUCCUGCUACUUUUGAUAUAUUUGGACCCUAUGAAUGUACUUAGCGCAGCCACGGGCAAGAAGAAUAAAAAUGCCCCAAAGCGGACACCGAAGGCAAAAGAAGUUAACAGUACUGUCGCUUCCACUGAGAUGCCACAGAAGAUAACGCAGCUCCAGUCGCCUUCGGUGAUCGGUGAUCAUGACAUGUGCCUGGGUUACUUCGACGUCAGUGGACAGUAUGAUAAAGAAUUCGAGUGCAACAACACAGAUCAUAGGUACUGUUGCGGAAGCUGUUACCUGCGGUUUUGUUGUAACGAAAAAGCAAAGCGCUUAAAUCAGAAAAUAUGCAGGAAUUACGUGACUCCAGACUGGAUGAUCAAAACUCCAUCUCCCUCCCCCACGCCUACAGGAGACACAUACGACCCUGAAACGGAUCAAACAAACACUACUGUCUAUGUCACAUGUGGCGUAAUAGCGUUGAUAAUCGCAAUAGGAGUUUCUGUAAAAAUCGCAUAUGACAAAGUUAUAAACCCCCCCCAGGAAAUGAACGUCCACAGAGCGCUUGCGGACAUCAUGAGGCAGCAAGGCGCUGUUCCCUCCCAACAGUAUGAGCACGAAAACAUUGCAGCGAUUGACAGCUCGCCCCAGGAGAACACGCCUGUGCGGACAUUAAAGAAUCACUACACGCCGGUCCACGCCAAGCCCAAUCACGGCCACUAUGGGAAAGAGUUCCUCCGUCAAGCCAGCCAAGAUCCCCACAACUUCAUCUCCUCUGGGUUUGUGACUCUUGGACGAGGGCAUCUCAAAGCCCAGCAUUCAGUUGACGAGUUAGGGAUAUCCUGGAGGGAUAAUCUGGACGUUCCCCUCUCCUACAAUAACCACCAACACGACUUCGGGAGUCAUCUAGAUCUCACAGCGCACACUCCGCACACUCCGCACACUCCCAAAAUCGCCCACAGAAUAGAGCGCUACGAGAAGCCGCGGAUGAACAACAUCCUGACCUCGCAGACGGAGCCGUACGACCUGUCCUUCUCCCGCUCCUUCCAGAACCUCGCCCACCUGCCUCCCUCCUACGAGCUGGCCAUGAAGCCUGACUUAAGUAAAUACUCCUCUCUCAAGAAAUUAACCGACGACAUGGAUGAGUACUACAGCCGGAAGCGCAAUCACCUGCCCGACGUGGCUCCCCGGGGGGGGCUGCCCACGCACCUGGUGAAGCUGAGUGGUGAUGGACCCAGCCAGCAGCAGCCCAGGCAGAAGCCGAAGCGUGUGCAGAGGGCCAUGUCCCAGGACCACGUGCUCUCCCCGGCUCGAGCGCCGCUCCGCCAGGAAUACAGCCUGGCCGCGUACAGCAGCGGCGGUGGGGGUGGUGGAGGAGGAGGCGGUGGCGGCGGCAGGGAACGUCCCCUCUCGCCGUACCACGGCCGCAUCCUGUCGGAGGAGCAGCUGCUCUCGGCCGACCGGCUCCACUCGCAGGACCCGCUGCUGUCGCCAGACAAGAUGCUCUCGCUGCGGCGCUCCAACUUCCGCGAGAAGGGCGCCAUGUCGCGGGCGCUCUCGCACGCGGACAUGUACAUGCCCACCACACCCGUCAUGGACCGCCACUACAAGAUGACUAAGAUGCACUCGCAUCCCAGUGCCUCCAGCAACGACCACCACGACCACCACAACCACAACCUGCUGUCCGUCAACCCGCCCAGUAGCACCAACAAGCGCCAGGCCUUCGCCUCGCGGCGGACCCACACCGUUGACCAUCUCCAAUACAUCCCUGGCCCUGGCCAUCAGCACCACCAGUAUCGCACGGCCAGCAAGACCGAAGUAACUGUUUAACGCAGCGAGAAUCUAUAGGGGAGGCUGGGUGAAACAGAAUUCUUGAGAAGGACCGUAAAACUGAACAGAGAGAUUUGACAAACAGUAUCUACAACAGCAACAGGGUAGUGCUGAACCCCCUACUCCCCAUGACAGCUUGGUUCGGCUGGGGAGUUGUCCUACUUGGCAAAGAGGUCUCCUUUUUAAUCAAUUCCAUUUGAAAACUAUCCUUUGCUUUCAGUUCAUGCUUCUCUCUUUCUGCCAUCCCCGUUGGGUUAUCACGAGUAGGAUCUACACAUUCUCCCGACCAAAAACAUUUUUUUUCCCACUAUUAGGGCAAACAUAAGGGCUUUGCACGUGGAGGCAGAAGGAGCUUUCGUUGAAAACAGUUGGCUGAACUUGAGGGAUAUUUUUAAAAUAUUAAGGUGGACCUGGCAAAGAGACUGUAUUAACUUUAUAAAUACAUGAAUAGAUUUAAUAUUUGUAUUUCCAGUCCUUGUUAUAGCUUUAGAAUUUCUUCUUGAUUAUAUAAACUGUUGAUGGCACUUCUGGCAGUGCCUCUCAAAAAUUGUCCCAUUUCAGCAACGAAAUGGAAAUGUGGGUUAAAAAGCACAAUCAAUUUGUUUUUCUCCCCGUUCUCCUCCUUCAUUUUGUUCUUUCAUUCUCUUUUUGAAAAAUGGCCAGUGCAUAUCCGCUUCUUAGUGAAAAACAGUGGCAAUUUCCUUUGCUUUAAAUGAUUGUAAAUAGGCUAUGUGAGCAGUAUUACAAUGGUAGGGUGCUGGCCUGGAGUCUCAACUUUCAUUAUCCAUUUGAGCACAGGGGUCAAAGACAGGCAAGUGUCAUUUCUGACCCAACAGACCAUGGAGUACACAAUUGAUGCUACAAAAUUGUACAAUAACGUGUGCAACAUAUAGUCCUCCCUCGUUUAUAUCCAUUUUUCUUUUUUUCAAUCUUGAAGAGUGAUUGUGAAUUAAUAUGUUCCACAUCCAAUUGCACACCCCUGUCCACAGGCAGCUUCACAAAACUCACUUACGCUACAGAUCAACGUUAUUGAGAACAUGUUGGUUCUUAUUGUUUACGUUCUAAACCAACUAACAGGUCAUGUCUCUGUACUUUCAAAUGUCUCCUGGCAUCCCAGUAUAUGAAAUUUUCAGUGUGGUGUUGUGUAAUAAUGACAUGCGUUUGUCGGAAUUAAAGUAAUACACGUUCUGUAAUGGUUACACUGUCCCAGCAGUUUGUAUGUGACUGAACUGAUCAGAGAAGAAUACAUUGUUCUGAGUACCUCUAGAAAUAUCAGUAAGGCUUAAGACUGUGGAUUGUUUGUCCUGUAGUUUUAAUUAAAGCAAUGCCUUAACAUGUGGAGGCCCAAAUCAUACCAUUUCAUUUUCUGUCAUUUUGAUUUGUAGUCGUUGGGUUGCUAUUAACAUGUGCUUGUCCUACAUUUUGACUCAGACGAGAUAAUAGAGAGUGAUAAUAGCUGAGACAUUACCUCACAUUUCUACAAGGAAAACAUUUCAAUAGAGGGUCGAGAAUUUAAUUCGUUUGUUGUUGUAUUAUGUGUUAUAUUGUUCACCAUCUUAAUUGUUUCUUCCGACUGAGGCAAUAUCCUUGCCUUGCCCCCUCAAAGAAUUGUUCUCUUUCCUUGACUGCCGUUAACUCUGUACAGGUGAGCCAGAACUGGCCCAGACUGACUCAGCAGAGUCCGCAGCCAUCUGGAUCGGAACACAUGCUGGCCCUGACAACAAGCUUCUAGCCUAUCAGCUCACUGACUGUUUCUCUGUAACAUUCUUGCUUCCAUACAAAGCACAUUCUGUGAGUCCUGUUUCAAACUAUUAUCAUUCUGGUGAAGUCUGGGAUUGUUUUUUACAUGUUUCCCAAGUAUACUGUCUCUGUUGAUUAUGAAUAAAGGGAAUUUAGCCAA